AUGCGCUCGCAGCUGAACAACAUGAAGAAGACCGUCGGCUUCACCAGCCAGCAGGACAGCGACGGGGCUCGCCAGUGGUUCACCUGCUCUGAGAUCAACAACCGCAUCGCCACGAUCGAGUUCCAGCUGUGCACAGAAUCCGUGCCACUGAAGGAGGAGAAGAAACUCUUGGCCGAGAUCCAGACUCUGAAGCUUGGCCUCGGAGAUUACUCGGUUGACACCAUGAACACGAUGGAGCAGAAUCUGGCCAACUUCGACCCAGGCAUGUCCAUGAAGGAGCAGAAGGAUGCCAUCAAUGCGGACAUUGCGCAGUUCCGUGACGAGAAGAAGAAGAUCCAGGACCAGAUGACCGAGCUGUCGGAAGCCCGCAAGACCCAACUGGGACCAAUCGAGGAGAUCCAGAAUGAGCGCAAUGCAAUCGGCGAGAAACUCAGGGCGAAGAUCGAGGAGCGCAAUGCGCUGCGCGACGAAUACCGCCAGCAGGAGCGCGAGUACUGGAACUACCAGCAGGAGCUCCGCAAAGCCCGCCAGGAGCGCUACGCGGCUGAGCGUGCGGAGAAGCAGAAGGAGUAUGACCUCCGCCGCAAGCAGCGGGAGGCCGAGAAGCUGGAUGAGCAGCCGCAUGUUGGCGAGAUCACCCUGAUCGAGCAGACGAUCAAGUACUGCAAGGGCCUGGUCCAGUCCAAGACGGAGGAGAAGAAGGACGAAAAGAAGGAGAUCGUGCACGACGUCCCAGACGGCGGCGAGGUUCUGCUGCGCAAGGAAGACCGCGAGGAGGAGUUCUACUUUGCGCCCCUCAAAGCGGGCAAGAAGGGCAAGAGCAAGCCGAAAGGCAGCGACGCCAAGCCUACGAAGAUCACGCACAAUGCCGAGACCUUCCGCCUCUUCGACCAACUCAAGCUCGAUGCUCCACUUUCCACUGAGCAGGUCCCCGCCUUGCUGGAAGAGCUUGAAAAGCAACUCGGAGAAUACCAGGCUAAGGUGAAGGAAUGGGAGGAGAAGCGCGAGGAAAUGAAGAAGAAGAUCCUGGAGGGCCUUACCGAGAUUGAGGAGAAGAAGGCAGCCAAGGAGGCGGAAGAGAAGGAGGAAGCGGCCGAGGAGACCAAGGAAGAAGCCAAGGAGGCUGAGGAAGAGGCGAAGGACGAGUGA